GUUAUUUGACGGAUUUGAGGCUCAGCAACAAGACAAUAUUAUCCUUCCCAUAAACUAAAAUAAAAUUGAAAAAGUUCAUAAUUACCCAUUGCUCAUCACAGUUUUGUUCUAAUGCAAACAUUUCUCAUCGGUUGACAGUACUAAUGAGCCAACCACUACCAACCUAAUAAAAGCUUUAAGGUUCCUUAAACAGUAACAUAGAUUAUAUAUCCACCAUUUUAGAUCCAAAUCCACAUAAGCCAUGGCCUGCGACAAGGGAUUUUCCAGCAGUUUUAUGCUGUUGAAGCCAGAAGAAGUUGGAUUGUUUGGUCUGUAUCACAUUUUGUUCUCCAGCAAGUUAGAGGAAAAGAAAUUUGUAGAUUGCCCGGAGGGGACUGUCACUGAUGAGAUCAGCUUCAGGCGCCGAUGGCUCAUAUUUGUUUCCAUCUUGGCUCAAAAGUUUCUGCAACUUGUGUCAAAGCCACUCUCAGUUGUCGGAUCUGGGAUCGAAAUGUGUUUGAACCUUGUAUCCGUCAACCGCAAUGUUUUUGUGCUCGUGAUCAAUUUCUUCCGAGGGGUGGUGGUAAAGCCAGAUAAGACAUCAGCAACAUUCCUGUCAUUUAUAGGAAAUUUUGACAAGAGGGUGGAGUUGGAUAGCACCAUUAAAUGUGAUGAUGCCAAGUACCAUGCAGCUCUCUCUAUGAUGGCUUCUAAAGCAUCCUAUGAGAAUAAUGCCUACAUUGAAACUACUGUUAGGGAUCAUUGGAAGAUGGAGUUCUUGGGAUCUUUCGACUUCUGGAAUGAUUAUCAACAAAAAGCCACAACACAAGCCUUUAUGCUUCGGGAUAAGUCUUCUGACCAUGACACCGUUGUUGUGGCCUUUAGGGGAACCGAACCGUUUGAUGCAGAUGCAUGGUGCUCCGACUUUGACAUCUCUUGGUAUGAGCUUUCAGGGGUCGGAAAAAUUCAUGGCGGCUUUAUGAAAGCUCUAGGUUUACAAAAGAAUGUUGGUUGGCCUAAGGAAACCAAACAAGAAGAUGGUCAUCCUGACUUGGCUUACUAUGCAAUUAGGGACAUGCUAAACAAGCUUUUGAGCCAAAAUGAUCAAGCUAGAUACAUAUUGACAGGGCAUAGUUUGGGAGGGGCUUUAGCAAUUUUGUUUCCAUCAGUUUUGGCUCUCCACAAUGAGACAUGGUUAUUGGAGAGAUUGCAAGGGGUAUAUACAUUUGGGCAACCGAGGGUAGGAGAUGAAAAGUUUGGUGAGUUCAUGGAGAAACAGUUGCAAGAGCAUAACUUUCAGUAUUUUAGAUUUGUUUAUGGUAAUGAUAUGGUUCCUAGGUUGCCUUAUGAUGACAAAGCCUUGAUGUUCAAGCACUUUGGGACAUGCCUCUAUUAUAAUAGGCACUAUGAAGUGAAGGUUGUGGACCAGGAACCUAAUAAGAACUACUUCUCCCCAUUGGGGGCAAUACCAAUGAUAAUAAAUGCAUUUUUCGAGCUAAUUAGAAGCUUCACCAUUGCAAAAACAAAGGGGCCAGAUUAUAAAGAAGGGAUUUUUCUCAGAAUUUUCAGGAUAAUUGGCUUGGUAUUUCCUGGGAUUCCAGCUCAUAGCACUCAAGAUUAUGUGAAUGCGACCAGGUUGGGGUCCUCGGACGUCUUCCUCCUACCAAAACACACAUCAUCCCAUGAAGAUGUAUCAAGCUUACAAGUUUGAGCAUGACACAGGAAUUGUAUGAUUUGGGUUUGGUUGACGACAUAAUAGUUUUUCUAUGCUUGAUAUACAUGUAUUAAUUUGUCAACCCUUUCUUCGUGGUACCACUCAGGGCCGGUCCUGAGGGCUACCGCCUGAGGCAACCGUCUCAGGCCACCAGUUUCCAGAGGGCCUCGGUGCUUUAAUUCUGUAUAUAUGUUAUGUUAUGUAAAGUGUAUAUAUUCUGUUUGCCACCAAAAAUAGGGGGAACAUGUUGCUCCAGCGAUAGAGUUGUUGGUUUGUGUUAGAACCAACCAAGGAGUUUAUGGGUUUGUUGUUAGCAACGAGAGGGAAGACGAAGUUUGGAAUUAGAUUGAGGAAAGCAGAAGAGUACUUUCUUUGGCGAUUUUGUUUUGUUGGCGAUUUCGGGUUUGGUGGAAGCUCAGGUCAAAAAGGUGUUGGGUUAUUGACGCGAUCUUCUCUCUCUCUUUUUCUCUUCGUUUUUGGCUGGGCUCUUCGCAUCUAGAGGUGGAGGGUGAUUUUGGAAGAAAUGGAAGAGAAAUUCACAGCUAAAGACUAAGGGAUGGGUUGCAUCAUUCUUUUUUUUGUGGAGAAAUAUAUUUGUUGGAGGCUUUACAGAGAAUACGACCUUGGGUUUCACCUUCUAUUAUUAUUGUUGCUGCAACUGAUUUAUCUGUUGUAAAACUGGUCUGCAAGGUCUGAAGAAAAGGAAAGGCUUGGAUCUGCCAAUCAAGUGCAGGACAAACUUUCUUGAGUGAUCUUCAUAGCUCAAGCUUCUUCUUUUUUCAUGUGGUACGGUGGGACAUUUUGAUUGCUUGCUCCAAUGGAUACUGGAAUUACAGGCAUCAGGGGUGGAUUUUUUUUCCUGAUUCUAGGUUCUUCCUGAAGAAAAUUAUGUAAUUCCAACACAGAUUACAUUCCGGAUAUCUUCAGACCAAAAAAUCACUCUUUUGAACUUUUCCUCAAUCACUAUUAUUGAAGUGAGAAGCAUUGCAUGAUUGUCGAUUUGUACGGGAAUUCAGUCAACUGAUCCUCCCAGGAAGUGAAUGGAAAAAAAUUCACUGAAUGGAUUUAUUUAGAAAACCACGGUGACGUAUACAAGAGAACUUUGGACGCUUCUUCUCAGUGCGUAAAACAAUGCCAGUAGUGUCCCUCAAUAGUUCUUGGAUGCCAAACAAGAAGCAUGAAAAAAGAAGUGACAGAGAAGCCAGUAUUGAAUCAGCAACAUCAUCAACA